AUGGAGCCAAGGAUCUCUGUGUCUUCUUUCAAAGAAGUGGUGUCACCUCGACGAAGCCUGAGUGCUAGUUUUCGCUAUGGCUCCUUUGUCAACAGUGUCCAUACAUCGGAAAGAUCAGGGCCUCCUCUUGUCUCCCCUGCACGUGGAUAUGUGGCUGUAUCUGUGCUCUGCUAUAUAAACCUACUCAACUACAUGGAGCGAUAUACUUUAGCAGGUGUGCUUCUUAACAUCCAGAAGUUUUUUGAUAUCAGUGACAGCACUGCUGGCCUUCUGCAGACAGUUUUUAUCGUCAGUUUCCUUCUCGUCGCGCCUCUCUUUGGUUACCUUGGAGACCGCUGCAACAGGAAGUACAUCAUGAUGGGUGGUCUGAUUGUGUGGCUAAUCACAGCACUGUCAAGCUCUUUUGUCACUGAGCAUUUGUUCUGGUUUCUGGUGCUAAUGCGGGCCCUGGUUGGAAUUGGAGAGGCCAGUUACUCCACUAUUGCCCCCACAAUCAUUGGAGACCUGUUUUCUGGGACAAAAAGAAGUUUGAUGAUAUCAGCUUUUUAUAUAUUCAUCCCAGUGGGGAGCGGCAUGGGAUACAUCUCGGGUGCAUCAAUAGCAUCUGUCACAGGGGAUUGGCGAUGGGCUCUUAGGGUCACUCCUGUUCUUGGAUUAAUUGGCCUACUGUUGCUCAUCUUCUUGGUUCCCAACCCCCCACGAGGUGCUGCGGAAAAUCAGGGCCAAGCGAAUACUGAACCCUCAUCUUACAAAGAGGAUGUCAAAUAUCUGCUGAAGAAUAAAAGUUUUGUUUGGUCAACAUUGGGGGUGACGGCCCUGGCAUUCUUGGCUGGUGCCUUGGCGUUCUGGACCCCCACUCUCUUAUUCAGAGCACGGGUCGUCCAGGGAGAGCUGCAGCCAUGUACUGAGGAGCCUUGUAACAGCUCGGACAGUUACAUAUUUGGAGCAGUUACCGUGGUGACUGGUAUUCUAGGGGUAUGUAUCGGCGCUGGUCUGUCCAGAUGUUUCCUGGAUAAAGUGGAAUAUGCAGACCCAGUCAUCUGUGCAGUUGGAUUGUUAGGAUCUGUCCCAUUUCUGUUUGCAGCUAUUUUCACUGCAUCAGCCAAUAUCCCAGCCACUUAUGUGUGCAUUUUCAUCACUGAGUUAAUGCUAUCCCUCUGUUGGCCUAUAUUGGCAGACAUCCUGCUGUAUGUUGUGGUCCCGACCAGAAGAGCUUCAGCCGAGGCUCUGCAGAUCACAGUCGGACACCUGCUGGGAGAUGCUGGAAGCCCUUACCUGCUUGGAGUGAUUUCUGAUUCUAUCGGAAAGUCCAAUCCUGUGUCUUCUGAGUGGAGCUUCUUGAGCCUGAAGUACAGUUUCCUCCUCUGUCCCUUUGCUGGUGUUCUGGGGGGAGUGUUCUUCCUGAUUACUGCUGUUUACAUCACCAAAGACAAGCAAGCUGCUCAACAACUGGUUCCAGUGAAAGGGGAAACUGGAGCACCCGGAAACAAUCAGCACGUGAUGAAGGAGAGCAGCAGGAGCUCACUGUGGGAAGUGAAGAUGCACUGUUCCCUUAUCAAGCUGCGGCAGAGACAUGACAUCAUCAGAGGAAGCCCUCACCGCCCUCAGUCUCUGCUGAGGACGUUUACAUCACACAACCCUGAAUAG